AUGGGUAUGUCUGCUGCGGCACAGUUCCAUGUUUUGGCUGUUGAUGACAGCCUAAUUGAUAGAAUGUUGAUUGAGAGGCUCCUCAAAACCUCUUCAUUUCAUGUUACAACAGUGGACUCUGCCAUUAAGGCUUUACAAUACCUUGGUAUGGUUGAAGAUAAACUAAAGAGUUAUGAGACACCUGAAAUUCAUCAGGAUGCGGAAGUUAAUGUAAAUCUGAUCAUAACAGAUUACUGUAUGCCAGAAAUGACUGGGCAUGAUUUGCUAAGAAAAAUUAAGGAAUCAAAUUCUCUUAAAGACAUACCAGUUGUGAUCAUGUCCUCGGAGAAUGUUCCAUCAAGGAUCAAUAGAUGCUUGGAAGAUGGGGCUGAAGAAUUCUUUCUGAAACCAGUUCAACAAUCAGAUGUGAACAAGCUGAAACCCCAUUUAUUGAAAUCAAGAUCCAAGGAAGAAGAGGAAACCCAACCCAGCAACAAUAACAAGAGGAAAACAAGAAUCAAGUGCACCAUUUAAUAAGAAUUCUUACAAAAUCAAAAUUUGAUAAUACAU